GUUCAGAGCUGCGGAUGCAGCAGGUGAGAACUUCAGAGAAGAAAGCCGUCGCUGUCAUCUCGAUCAUCCCUCCACUUUCUGCUCUUGUUCAACGAAUCCUUUUUCUGAAUUCAAAUUUGUUUCAUGGACACUUUUUAGUUUGCGAUUUUCCUGUCAUCAGGAGUUUUGGGAGUUCUUGUUUUUGUAUGCGCGCGGAAUCCAGACAUGGCUGAAGCACCGCCACCACAGGGUCUACCUGAUGACAUUGACCCGGACUUUGAGCCCCUGUCCCGCCCGCGGUCUUGCACCUGGCCUUUGCCCCGACCCGAGCUGGUUGACCCCGCCAGCUCCGCCACGUCCUCCCCGGCGCCGUCUGUGCAGCAGGAACCGGGAGGAGCGGAGUUCAUCAGCGGGCUCGGCUUGUUAAAGGAGGACUAUGAGGAGUACGCAGAGGAGAAGCAGCCCUGCGGGGUCUUUCAGUGUCAGGACGGGAGCUGCGUGCAGCUCCAUCACCUGCAGCAGCAGCAGCAGGUCCCGCAGCUGCCGCCUCAGCAACAGGUGCCCCCUUCAGGGGUCCAGAGAAAGAUCAGCUCAUCCCGGCGCAACGCCUGGGGGAACAUGUCGUACGCUGACCUCAUCACCAAAGCCAUAGAGAGCUCACCUGAGAAGAGGCUGACGCUCUCGCAGAUCUACGACUGGAUGGUGAAGAGUGUGCCUUACUUCAAGGAUAAAGGGGACAGCAACAGCUCCGCGGGCUGGAAGAAUUCCAUCAGACACAAUCUGUCUCUGCACAGUCGCUUCGUGCGUCUCCAGAAUGAGGGGACGGGAAAAAGCUCCUGGUGGAUGCUGAACCCAGAGGGAGGAAAGAAUGGAAAGUCUCCUCGACGCAGAGCAGUCUCUAUGGACAACAACAAUAAGUUUGUGAAGUUCAGAGGAAGAGCGGCAAAGAAAAAAAUGUCUCUGCAGGAAGGAGUUGAAGGGGGAUCACGCAGCCCUGUCUCCCAGUACUCGAGCUGGCUGGGAAGCCCAAACUCCCACAGUAAUGACGGCUUAGAAGCCUGGAGCUCAUUCCGAGCGCGCACAAGCUCAGACGCCAGCUCUGUGAGCGGCCACUGUUCACCCUUCACCUCAGAGCACGAUGACCUGGUGGAGUCUGAUGGCCACAUGAUGUAUCCUGGAGCAACAGGGGCCAAGAUAACCUUGCCCAGCCUCUCCGAGAGGUCUGGGUCCAUGAGCCAAGGUGGCUCUGAACAUGUCAUGGAGAAUUUGCUGGAUAACCUGAACCUCCUGUCUCCUAAAGCCCACCAGCUGAGCUCAGAGUCCUCACAUUCCUCAAACCCUGCCAUGCUUAAGAGCACUUCCUACAGCCCAACUGCAUUGACCUCAGAAUACCAUGAGUGCAUGUAUGGCCAGGUCAGGAUGAACUCUCUGUCCCCUGCUCCCAUGCAGACACUUCCAGAGACCAAACCGGGAUUUGGAGCUUAUGAGAACCAGUACAUCUGUCCAGCAGGUCUCCUCAAAGAGCUGCUGACAGCAGAUGCAGAUGCCAGCAGGGACACCAUGACAUCUUGUAAUCCCAAAGGGGCGGAAAUAUCCAGGGGAAGUUGCAGAAUUCCCACAUUCAACAGUCCGAGCCACUUGGGGUGUCCUACCGGCAUAAAAACUAUGACCCCCCUCCAGAGUCACCCAGCUCUUCGAGUAAACCCACGAGCUUUACAUGAUCACAGCUCCGCUGCUCCUAGAGACUUGAACGGCUCUAGCAUGAUUCCAUGUUUUUCAGCUGCCCCCCCACAAUUGACAAGGGCGAGAACAAGUAUGCAGCCGCCCCAUGGACACCCAGCACACACUAAUGAUUUCUCUGCAAGCUACAGCAGCAGCUACCGAGACCUAAAUCCUGUCCACCAGCGGGGUCAUCAUCAGGAGCGGCUACCCAGUGACCUGGACAGCGUGUCCAUCGAGAGGCUCGAAUGUGACCUGGAGUCUGUCCUCCACGACACUCUGAUGGACGGAGGCGCCCUGGACUUUAACUUUGACCCCGGAGCCCACGGGUUUCCCGAGAGGGUGAAAGCAACCACACACAGCUGGGUAUCAGGAUAGGAAGCCUGCUACUCCAGAGACAGGUUUGGCACGACGUCGCUUCCCUUCAUUCAAAGAGAGGAAACUCGACAUGAACCGCCACCGUCGGGUUCUGUGAGGGGAUUGACAACAUACCAUGUGCCAACACAACAAGCCAAUUCUCAGAAUCCUAGAAUACAUUCUCUGUUAUCUUUGGAGAAAUACUGCUAAACUCAGAGUAAACUUCACAGUUUAGUCGACAAUGUUUUUUGGACACUGAUGAGCCAAAUGUGUGAUUGUAACAAGGACACAUCAAGAAACCAAGUUUUAAAUGAAAAUAAUAAACCAAAGUUUUUGAGGUAAGACUUGCUCUUGGAUUUCGAUGUCUAGUAGAUGAGGAACAAGUUCAACUUUUCACAUUGACAUUUGAAUUUAUAGACCAGGUAAUUGUUAGAGCAAAGCUAUUUACUUAGAUGUUUACAUCUACCAAUCGUUUGUUGUGUUACAGCUUUGGGCUGUUCAAGCUCACUAGAGCUUUGUCCAGACGCACUCUUUACAAGCAUUUGUCAAAAGGGCUCAUUAUUGACAGCAAUGAAUUUGUGAGAACUGCUGCUCUAAGCGUACAGUAGAUGUGGAGUUUCUUUGGCUGUGCUGCAGAAAUGGAAUUUCAGGAAAUUAUGGUGGAUGUUCGGCUGUUUUAAAAAAUGUAUAUACACAGACCUCACCUCAGAACGUGUGAUCUGAUGAGUCCUGUUGAAAGCAAUUUAUAAUAUUUUUGACAUCCAUAAAUCGGGAUGACAGAAACCUCAACCAAUUAAGUGUUGUUUCCACUGAGCGGUCCAUAGAAAAGUGGAAUGGACCCAUUAGGGUGGAGAUUCUGUCGUCACACAAUAUAAAUUAUUGAUUGGCACAAAGGUAUCACAACAAGAAGCGUCCUACCAGCGCUUUUUUUUUGUCCUCUUUUCAGCUUUAUUCUUCCUCACCCCGCAUAAUCUUCUUGCAAAGAAUAAUAAAUUCUUUACAUAUACUGUAGUAUUGCCCCAUAUUUGCGGGGGGUGGGGACCUGGGAGAUGCUGAAUCCGCAAAAAUGGAGAAACCCCUCCUCCCCCGUUUUUGUCUCCCCCAACCCCCGCGGAAAAAGAAUGUCUUACCGAUCCAUAUUAAAAACACUUCUGGUUGUGCUUUGUAAAACAUUUAUUGAAGAACACUGGAAUAUUGUUUAACAUAAAGAACUUUUUUUUCUUUUUUUUUUAGAACAAUAGAUUGUUCUACAGCGUAGAGGCCAGCUUCAUAAACAUCUGCUCUGGAUUAUAAUUAUCCUUCGGGUUAUCUUAUUAAUUUUCUGUUUCUAAGUCAGCCGAUGUAGCUUCUCUUUCGCUGUCGUCUCAUUAUUUUGACGCACAGCUACACUGUGAUGGUCCAACGCUCACUUGAAUUGCCCGGACAAUUUUAAACCGGCCAAGAGGGGACUGGUCUGGUCCGUACCGCUCAGUGGAAACGAGGCGUUGGUGCAUCACUAAUCAUCAUUAAACUAUUUCGUUUUAAAGUCCCACUCUGAUCAUCUUUUGAUGUUUUUUAAAAGUGGUCAUUUAAUUAUAGUCUUUAGCAAAAGUGUAAAAAGCCUGUAUUGCUUUCUGGGACAUUGCUUCAGCAGAGCGGCCGGAGUUCAUUUUAAAUUUACCUUUGAGUUGCUCUAGGCAAUGAGUAAGCCCAUCCCCUUCCCAUCACCCGUUUACACUCUCCCGCUAGCUUGCAGCCUCUACAUCCCCAACAGCGUAAUUUUAUAUAUAUAUCUCCUCCAUCAUGAGAGAAAUGCCACAAAAACACAAUUUUCACGGAGUGGGCCUUUAAUCUGGCUGACAUAUAGCCGUAAACUCUACAUUUUUGCAUGGCUACUGACAGCUUUAGUGUUCUCCAAGGCUUCUGUUUCAAGCUGAAAGUCAAUUUUACGUAAUGUUUAGAUUCCAGAGUUUAUGUAGGCGAGAAGGAACUUUCAGAACCUUUGGAUCUUCUGGUUGGAAUCACACCACAUUAGACAAAUCUACUUAACAUCAGCAAACCUUUCUUUAUAACAAGUUUAGAUAUGAAAAAAUGGUGCUUUUGUAUAGAAAAUCUUCAGUCUAUGUCACCAUUGCCGUUUUUUAUGAAGGUAUUUAUUCAUAUUGUAUUUCUAUUGUAGAUAUUUUUUAAGAAACAAGUGUGUAUGUUGUCUAGAAAAUAUGAAAUGUAUUGAAGUAACUAUCAUGUAAUCUUUAUUUUGUAAUCAUUCUAAAGAAGGACAUUGCAAAAGGCUGCCUUUUAAAGAACUCUUUCUAUGAUUAUUGUGUUUUUAUGCAGUAAAUGAGAAAUGUUCUUUGUUUUUUUAUGCUCUUUUAUGUAAUCAUGUUUUUGAUCAAUUUAAGUGGAUAAUGUAUCAUCUGUAAAUGUCUGUAAAAUUUUUGCUGCUGUUUUUCUUAUCUCUUUUUCUGAAAAGGGACACAUGGGAGACAGGAAGAUUUUGUUUUGUGAUUAAAAACAAAAGAACAAGAGUUAAUGUAGGGAUCUUGAAGUGAUAAAAAUAGUUGAUAAUAUUGAGUAAACACAGUAAAUAGGUUUGCUUGUGACCUGGCGAUUACAGCGGUUGUUCACAAAGGAGCGACUGUUUUUACUGGAUCAUGAAGCAGCACCUCUUUUACGUGCCUCAGACAUAUACUGUUGUACAAACUGUCAUUUUCUUAGCCAUAUGUAGUUUGUACAUGACUCUUAGAAUACUUUUCAUGUACUGGUGUGUAAUUAUCCUGACAGACAUGCUUGUUUACAUAUUUCAGUUCUAAUUAUAAGUGCAGAUAUGAGUUCUCGUACCUCAAAAUAUUUUACCUCUGAAGUGCUGAAGGGAUUUUUUUUCCAUUAAAACUUUUUUUCUUCAUUUUGACAAUGUAUACAUUUAUUUGUUUUCUGUGUUUGAUUAAUGCUGAAGUGAGUCAUUUCAUGACAUAAACAGAAAAAGGCUUCAUCUGCCAGAACUCUUAUACUUGAAGAAUCUUAUAAAAAAUUAAUAAGAAGAAUGAUGAAUAAAAUCUGAAAUUGCAAAAAAAAAGUUUGUUUUAAAAUUAGAAACAUGGUAGAACCAGAAUAAUUAGCAAAAAGAGGCUCUAAGCUUGACAUAAAUAAUUAAUCUUUAUUUUGUUUUUUUUUAUUUAGAAAAACAAUGUUCUCAAUUAUAUUCACAAUAUCAUGUUUUUAGACAAAAAUGCAGGUUUUGAAUGCAUCAACCAACUUUGCAAUUAAAGAAAAAUAGAGCCAAACAAAUGUCUGACUGUCUUUAUAAUGUUAACCCUAUGUAACAACCCUUAUCACAUUAGAUACAUGCAUGUCUGAUUCAACUGUGGUCCAUGUUUUCUGCCCUGUAGUUCAUCAUCAUUCCACUAGGGGCAGUAGAA